UUCCCCAUCCAUCGCGAUGACCAGGUGGGUCUGUUUUGACUCUUCUCAACCACCAAUAAUCUUGGACCACAGUGGCAGAAAGGAUUUCGGGGAAUCAACGAAAAAAGAGAAAAAUGGAGAACAAAGUGGCAGAAGGCAAGGAUCCCAAAAAACAGGGUUGUGGCUUGUGUCGCCUUACCGCCGCGCUGGGGGUUGUUUUAUCCUCUCAGCAAAUCAGAAAAGAACUUGGGCAGGAUCUUGCAGCGCCAAUCACGCGCCUGGGCAGCGUCUGCAGGGCUGUGAUCCCAGACAGUCGUUGUUAAAAAUGACGUCGAGGGUGAAACGGCCUGAGUGUCAAUGCAAAAUUAUAUCCAUCCAUACGCUGGUUGGAGCUCUGGGUGUGAUAUUAUUAAUAGCAAGGCAAGUAACUUUUAGUCUUUGUUGUUCUGUUUAUAAUAAUAGCAGGCGCUUCAUCAAGUUCAUUAUUUACAGGGUUGCAGUGAGAAUGAGAUUCCAAGCUUAACAGUUGUUUCAAGUAAAUAUUAGCUAUAUUAGCUUAACUAGUUAGCACCGCAUGGCAUGCAAACAGCGUAUGCAGUCGUAUGCCAGUCCUUGUUGAAUAAUCUUGUAGACCCCUGAUCCUUCACGGUGACAUGCGAGAUUUCAAAUUAAACAACUCAUAGCGUAUGUCAAAAAUUGGAGUAAAGUUACUCUGUACUCCGUAGAGUAUAACUAGAUCUAUUGUGACAGAAACAAAUACAACAAAUAAUAGAAACAUUGACUGCAUUUGAUGCUUCAUCUUCCAUAAUUCGCAUCCUCAUAUCCACCAAAUUACCAAAUGCGCAACAGACUGUAUGCCAAGCCAGUAAAUCUUGGCACAUAUCCACGUGAUCAUAAAUCUGAUGUAGAGACACGCUCUCCCAAAUAGGAAACCACUUUACGCGUCAAUGCCAAACCCGCGUCUCUCCACGCGUCCACCUGCCCCAAUCGAAGUUUUUUCCUGCCCAAUUCCUCCUUCAGUGAACGACAACGUCACAACUACCCUCCAUACAGCGCACAUUGACAUAGCGAUAGAUGUCUAUGGAUGAUUGAACUAGCUCACCACUAUCAGUCAUAUCAACUUAAACACAGACCCGUGUACGAUGUCGUCUCCUGGUUCUGCUCGCCGUCGUGGUCGACCAGCAAGGAACUCCACAGCUUCAACUCCCUCUCGUCCCAGUGCGUCCCAGCCCCAGCCUCAGACCAGCCCUUCUUCCGCAGCAGAUGGUGGACCACAAUCGCAGAAUGCCUCACAGACUACUCCACGGGCUUCAAGACGACUAAGGGAAGCUGGUGUCCCUUCCUCGUCCCCUUUAUUCUUCCGGUCAUCCCCUCCGCCUGAGCCUCGACAAGCUCCCGCUAGAGAUUCAGGUUCAAGAAUGGAGAUCAGUUCCCCAGUUAGGGAAUCACCAAGCGCUGAUGAUGUUGAAAGAACUCCCAGAGCAGAUGCUCGCCCAAUUGGAGACUCCUCACCAAUCCGUUACAUGUCUAGCUCAAGCCCGACUCGCGCAAAUAAUCCCCCAACUCGAACAGCCGAUAUUCCAAGCAGUAGCAGUGGCCUUUUUGUCCGGUCUUCACAAUCCAUUGGAUCAAAUGGCGUUCCCAACGUCUCAACGAGACGAGGUGGUAUCCAUUCCGAUGCCUUCGGAUCCUCGUCAGGCCAGCGAAGACGAGUAUUCGUCGAUGAGAAUGGCAUUCCGGUCCGCGACGGCGAGCCCCAUUCAGAUGCAACGUUUUCAAAUGUGCAGCCAGACACCUCCGAAGCAGACGCCCUUGGUGGGAGUUCUACUCGUAUCAUCUGGGGCACCAAUAUCUCCAUCCAGGACUCGAUGUCAGCAUUUAAAAAUUUCCUAUACAAUUUUACCAAAAAAUACCGCAUGUGGGCAGACGGUGCUUCUGAAGAAGAAACCCGCGCGAUGGGUGUAGUAGCUGAAGAAAAAGAAUACAUCAAGAUGCUGAAUGAUAUGCGACAACUGGGUGUAAUAGGAUUGAAUUUGGAUAUUCGCAACCUAAAGGCAUAUCCGUCAACCGUGAAACUUUGGCACCAGGUCCAAGCAUACCCACAGGAAAUUAUUCCUAUCAUGGAUCAGGUAGUGAAAGAUGUCAUGAUUGAACUGGCAUUGAAGGAAAUGGAAUCGCUCAGAGCACAGGCCAAUCAAAGACGCCAGCCUAGGGCAAGAGAUAGCAGCUCAGUACCGCCUGUCACCAGCUCUGAUAUUGGGAAUGAGGCUGGACGAGCCCAACCGACAGAAGUGCCAAAUCUGAUGACAGACGUGGAAAGCAAGACUUUCAAGGUUCUACCAUUUGGAUUAGACAAGACAGUCAACAUGAGAGACCUAGAUCCCGCAGACAUGGAUAAGCUCAUCAGCAUCAAAGGUCUCGUUAUUCGAGCAACCCCCAUAAUUCCGGACAUGAAAGAAGCGUUUUUCCGUUGCGAGACAUGUCACUUUAGUGUUACCGUUGACAUCGACCGCGGCAAAAUCGCUGAGCCUACCAAAUGCCCUCGGGAAAUUUGCGGAACGUCCAACUCCAUGCAACUCAUCCACAACCGGUCGACUUUUGCCGAUAAACAGGUUAUCAAACUCCAGGAAACCCCCGACUCUGUCCCCGACGGUCAAACGCCACAUUCCGUCUCGCUCUGUGCAUAUGACGAACUGGUUGAUGUUUGCAAAGCUGGUGAUAGAGUUGAAGUAACGGGUAUAUUCCGCUGCAACCCUGUUCGCGUGAACCCACGUCAACGUACCACCAAGGCUCUUUUCAAGACUUACGUGGAUGUACUUCACAUACAGAAAACCGACCGCAAGAAGCUUGGUAUUGAUGCCACGACGGUGGAGCAGGAGCUCGCUGAGCAGAUUGCAGGAGAAGUGGAGCAUGUCAGAAAGAUCACAGCAGAAGAAGAGAAAAAGAUAAAAGCAACUGCUGCUAGACCUGACAUCUAUGAACUACUCUCGCGAUCUCUAGCACCGAGCAUUUAUGAAAUGGACGACGUGAAAAAAGGUAUCCUACUCCAACUUUUUGGCGGGACAAAUAAGACAUUUGAGAAGGGCGGUAAUCCGCGAUACCGUGGUGAUAUCAACGUUCUUCUCUGCGGAGAUCCCUCAACGUCAAAAUCUCAACUCCUACAAUACGUGCAUAAGAUUGCACCCCGGGGAGUGUAUACGAGUGGAAAGGGCUCGUCCGCCGUUGGUCUCACAGCAUACGUUACCCGAGACCCAGAGUCAAGGCAGCUAGUUCUUGAGUCCGGUGCCCUCGUCCUCUCCGACGGGGGUGUCUGCUGCAUCGACGAAUUCGACAAGAUGAACGAUUCGACACGAUCAGUCCUGCAUGAGGUGAUGGAACAACAAACCGUCUCAAUUGCCAAAGCGGGGAUCAUCACGACAUUGAAUGCCCGUACUAGUAUCUUGGCCUCAGCCAAUCCGAUAGGAAGCAAGUAUAACCCGAACUUACCCGUUCCACAAAACAUCGACCUGCCACCAACGUUACUAUCGCGGUUUGAUCUAGUAUAUCUUGUCCUAGACCGCAUUGAUGAGCAAAACGAUCGUCGUCUGGCGAAGCAUCUGGUGGGGAUGUAUCUGGAAGACACACCAGAGAGCGGUGCCAGCGAGGAGAUCCUUCCCAUCGAAUUCCUCACCAGCUACAUUACCUACGCCAAAAGGAACAUCAACCCUGUAUUAACGCCAGAAGCCGGCACGGCACUAACGGAUGCCUAUGUCGCCAUGCGCAAGCUGGGUGAUGAUAUCCGCUCCGCCGACCGCCGCAUCACAGCCACCACCCGUCAACUCGAAUCCAUGAUCCGCCUCUCAGAAGCACACGCACGCAUGCGGCUAUCGAGCGAAGUACUCGCCAGCGACGUGGAGGAGGCUGUACGACUGAUCCGGUCAGCGCUUAAACAGGCCGCCACGGACGCUCGCACGGGGCUGAUUGACAUGGGAUUGCUGACUGAGGGCACGAGUGCGAGCGAGAGGCGGCUACGGGAGGAUUUGAAGAGGGAGGUUUUGAGAGUUGUGGAGGAACUUGGGGGUCGUGGUGCGGGUGCGGGUGGGGCCAGGUGGUCGGAGGUACUGAGACGGCUGAAUGAGGGGGGUAGUAUGGAGGUUGAAGGGCCAGAGUUUGCGGAUGCGGUACGGUCGUUGGAGGCGGAGGGCACUAUUAGUGUUGUUGGGGAAGGGGCGAGGAGAAGUAUACGGCGGAUUGGGGUUGUGUGAAUAGUAGGGGAGGUCUGUUGUUUAUUGUCACUUUGUUUCGACUCUUUUCAUAUACUUAACGGGAUACGGCAUGUUGCAGAAGGGAGAAAGGGGUUACAUUUCACUAAUGUCGCUGAUGUUGUUCUACUACUAUACUUCUUAUGUUUCAAUGAAUGGGCGUUUUAACCCUUUUUUUUCCUUUUCUGACUGCAUGUUCUUUCCCUCCUUUCUAAGCCAUGGACGUAGGUCUUUUGGAACGAACCCAUCGAGUAACUACUGUGUACCGUCCGUAGUUAAACAAGCCGAUGAUGUCAUCGCCGUCACGGAUAUAAGUUAAUCCAUUCCCCGCUUAAGGUUUUCACGUGUGUACACGCUGUUACCCGCUGAUUGGGCCUUGUGUACCGGUUCGCAGAUCU